AAUUUUGGAAUUACAGAACAAUGAAGUGCUUCUUAAUCUUUGCGAUAGUUUUGGGUGUUGUAUGCUCACAAAUUUUGGCAAAUUCCAAAACCGAUCCGUCUCCAACACAAACUACCACAACGACCUAUAUUCUGGGAAAAGUUUGUGGACCCAUUGGUGUGUUAGCUGCUGACGUAGUUGGAAAAGCAACGGCCGAUGGUGUAAGAAAAUAUGAAGAAACAAAUGAUAUAACACUUGCUGCAAAAGUAGCAGCUGAACGUGGUAUUGCUAGUGCUUCAGGAUUAUUUAAAUCAGCCACCAAAGCUGCUGGAAUUGGAGCAGAUCUUGCGAAAGAAAUUCAAAAUGGAGGCAAUCCAAAAGCUGUACUUGCUCAACGGACACAAGCAGCAGUUAACUACCUUAAGGAGGAAUUUAAAAGAGAUCCACAUGGAAAGGUAGCAAAAGCUUUGAUCACUGGGGGAAACGUGGCAUUAACUUGGACCGCUGGACCUUUGGUUGGAUGGUCAAGUGCCGUGUUGGCCAGCGCGGCCGCCGAUGGUUUGGCAAGCUUCAAUGAAUCUGGAAAUAUAAGCCAAGCCACUCAGGUUGCUGUGAAGUCAGGCUAUGAUAGUGCUGCAAAUUUAAUGAAAUCGGUUUGUGGUAUAGUUUCAUCAGGUGCCGGUCUUGCUAAAGAUAUUUAUGAAGGAAAAGAAACCAAACACGCACUUAAGCAACGUGGAGGUCAAGCAUUAAACAGCAUUAGAAGUGGAAAGAAAUAAAAUUGGAAAAUACUUGAAUGUGUAGUAUUUCAGACAAGAAAUUUGUGUAAAUUUUUGUCACUGAUUCAAAAAAAUUUGCUCAAUCGAAAAAUAAAUGCAGAUAUUUAACAAAAACUA